ACUUUUUUAGGACAUGAAAUAUGCUCCAGAUUUCUGUAGCUCAAGGGCACCCUUUUAACAUUGAGAAACGUUGGUCAAAGUCAAUAUUUAAACAACGCAAAUGUUGAUAAAAAAAAACGCAUGACUAUGAAUACUUCACUCAAUAUCUUGUUUUACAAAUCGACCCUAUUAUUUCGUCAUGACUUUCGCCGGUAAAGUUGUUUUAAUAGCAGGAGCUAGUUCAGGAAUUGGAGCUGCUACGGCCAAACAGUUUGCCAGACUUGGUGCCACUUUAGCCCUAUGCGGGAAAAGGAAUAUGGACAAGCUGAAGCAAGUGAAGUCAGAGUGUUCAACAGAGUCAAAUCUCCUUCUCCUAACAGGUGACUUAGUAGACGAAACGAAGAACAAAGCCAUUGUCGAAGAAACCAUAAAACAUUUCGGUCAACUGGACGUUUUGGUGAACAGUGCCGGUAUCCUGAGAUCGGGGACCAUUGAAAACACCUCCCUGGACCAGUACGAUACAGUAAUGAACACCAACGUGAGAUCUAUGUUUCAGCUUUCGAUGCUGGCAGUGCCACACCUGAUAAAAACCAAGGGGAACAUCGUGAACGUGAGCAGUGUCAAUGGCUUGCGCUCUUUCCAAGGAGUCCUAACCUAUUGCAUGUCCAAAGCAGCAGUGGAUCAGUUCACCAGAUGCACUGCUUUGGAUCUAGCCUCGAAGCAAGUGAGAGUAAACUCUGUGAAUCCAGGAGUUAUCAGAACAAACAUUCACAGAAAGAGUGGGCAGAGCGAAGAAGAGUAUGCAGUUUUCUUGAAGAGGUGUCAACUAACACACGCUCUAGGCAGGCCAGGUGAGGUGGACGAGGUGGCUAGAUUGAUUGUGUUUUUAGCUAGCGAUGAUGCUAGUUUCAUCACUGGAGCUACAGUUCCUGUGGACGGAGGAAGACAUGCUAUGUGCCCAAGAUAGAAAGUGACUACUACUAUUUUGAAAUUAUAUUCCAUUCACUGCCAAUUCAGGUGUUUGCAGUAGAUUUGAAAGCAGUAUUUUAUUGAAUAUUAAUGUUCAUAGUACCAAACAUUAGUAAAUCCUUGCUUGUUACGGAGCUGGAUUGUUUUUAUUACCCUAUCAAGAAAUGUAUAUAAUAAAUAACAGAAUAA